GUUCCUUCCGCACGCCGGCGGCCGGCUGUCGCGUCGCCGCCAUGGCCACCCCGGACCCUCGCUACCCGUCCUCUUCGAUCGAGGAUGACUUCAACUACGGCAGCUGCGUGGCCUCUGCCAGCGUGCACAUCCGAAUGGCUUUUCUAAGAAAAGUCUAUAGCAUCCUUUCUCUGCAAGUUCUUUUGACAACAAUGACAUGCUCAGUCUUUCUGUACUUUGAGCCAAUCCAGACAUUUGUACAUAAAAGUCCUGCCUUAAUUUUGGUGUUUGCCCUGGGAUCUUUCGGUUUGAUUCUAGCAUUGACUCUGAACAGACAUAAGCAUCCCCUUAACCUGUACCUGCUUUUUGCAUUUACGUUGUUGGAAGCGCUGACUGUGGCCAUUGUCGUUACUUUCUAUGAUGUAUAUAUUAUUCUCCAAGCGUUUAUACUGACCACUGCAGUAUUUCUUGGCUUGACUGCAUAUACUCUACAAUCUAAGAGAGACUUUAGCAAAUUUGGAGCAGGGCUGUUUACUGUUUUAUGGAUUUUGUGCUUAUCCGGCUUCUUGCAGUUGUUUUUCCAUAGUGAGACAGUGGAGCUGGUGUUGGCUGCCGGCGGAGCCCUUCUUUUCUGCGGGUUCAUCGUCUAUGACACUCACUCGCUGAUGCACAGGCUCUCGCCAGAAGAGUACAUCCUGGCGGCCAUCAGCCUCUACCUGGAUAUCAUCAAUCUGUUCCUGCACUUGUUACGAUUCUUGGAAGCAGUCAAUAAAAAGUGAUUGAAAAUAA